CACCAGUUCAAGCACCCGACAGAUUCUCAUCAUUCGUAAAUAAGUUAGACUGGAAGCUCAAUUGAUUCCAUACACUACCUUGAUUCUAGUCUCAUUAUCAUUCAACCCUCACUUUCAGUCCCUAAAGCUCUGCCGCCAUGGCCGCGAGCCAGGAUAGCGUUUCCUUCGAUGCGAUCAUCCAAGCCGAUCGCAAGAGAAGACGCAACGAAGAACUAGCAAACAAGCUCCUGAGCAAGAAGAAAACGACCAACCCGCCUACGAAACCGACAGGGAAGACGCAGAAUGUGAAGCCAGGCAGCCUGGCAAGUCGGAUCGGAGUAGCGAAGCGCUCCGCAUCGGCUACUCUACCGGCCAAAACUACUCCUCCAAUCCCAGCGCCCGCGCGACAGGGUGCCCGUCAGAACGCAAGGCCAUCGAACAAGCGCCGUCCUGAUGAGACCCGCCUCCUCUCUGCGCUCAAUCCCGCUAGCGGCCAGGCUAACGUGCGAAAUGGAGGUGGGUUGACGAUCAAAGGAAAAGGGUCUGGGCCAUUUGUCGUCGUCGGUAGCAACUUCGCGCCAGGGACUACGGCGGCCGAUAUUCAAUCAGCUCUGGAACCUGUUUCCGGCCCGAUAUUGCGCUGCUGGGUCACUUCGCAACAUCCUGUUGUCACAGCGGAGAUUACAUUUGCAGAGAGACAGGCCGCAGAGGGUGCCGUUGCCAACUUUCACAACCAGAGGGCCGACGGUCGGAUUCUCUCAUUCCACCUAAAGCAACCUGCGAAUCCCGAUCUGUUUGAGCGCUCCAAUGCCCAGCCCGUCGUACAGAACUCCCAAUCGUUCAGUGACCUCCGCGAGCAAGCGGACCGCGAUCGCCGUUCUCAUCGCUUGGCCGAUGCAGCUGUCCAGGACGGACGGUGGGGAUUCAAUGAUCAGAACCAGGCUGGCCAAGGCCCAUCCAGGGGGAACAAUCGCAGAAACCGGGGUGGCCGGAAGGCAAGGGGUGGAGCACAGAAUACACAAGAAACAGGCCUCUAUAGCGAUGAGAUGAUGGUCGAUGCGCCUCAGCAGAAUCAGCGAAACCGGGGCCGGCGGUAAUGCAGCCAUCAGUGGUCCAGUCUGAAAAUGCGCUGUUCUUUGAUACAGGCUGUUCUGCUGAACAGGCAGGAUGGGUUUACUUCUUUUCGGAUUACAUGUUUCUGCAAUUGCCUUGGCUACUUAGAAUGAAGACCUGUACGAUAUGAAGAAAUACUUAUUUUUUC